AUGGCUACAGAAUCAUUCCAACUAAACUCAGGAGCUAAGAUCCCCGCCGUGGGAUUCGGGACAUGGAAGGCCGGCCCUGGCGAGGCUGCUGCUGCUGUCCAGGCGGCGUUUGAGGCUGGAUAUCGUCAUUUUGACUGCGCUCCUUUAUAUGGAAACGAAGCAGAAAUCGGCCAGGUCUUUAAAAACACCAACGUCCCUCGCUCCGAGUACUUUGUCACUACAAAGCUCUGGUCCUCCGACCACCGCCGCGUCGAAAGUGCCCUGGAUAAAUCCCUCCGCGACCUCAACCUCGACUAUGUUGACCUCUAUCUCAUGCACUGGCCAGUAACGCUCGACCCGUCUCCAACCGACUCGAACUACGGCAAGGAAGACCGCACGGUGCAUGCGCAGGGGUGGGACUUCCGCGACACCUGGCGCGAGAUGGAGAAGUUGCUGGCCACGGGCAAAGUCAAGGCGAUUGGAGUCGCCAAUUUCUCGACGGUUAAUCUGGAGAAACUGCUAGAGACCGCGAAGGUCGUGCCCGCCGUCAAUCAAACGGAGAUCCAGCCCUUACUACCGCAGAAUAAAUUGAACGCGUUCUGUGCGGCCAAGGGGAUUCAUCAGACGGCGUUUGGCCCGCUGGGUGGCUCGGGGAGUACCCUGCAUCAGCAUCCUGAUAUCGUGGGGAAUGCGAGUAGGAGGGGUGUUGACACGGGCAAUGUUAUGCUCAGUUGGGGGAUCCAGAAGGGGUGGAGUGUUAUUCCAAAGAGUACGAAUCCGGUGCGGAUUGCGAAUAAUCUCAAGAAGAACUUUGUGCUGGAUGCGGAGGAGUUGCAGGCUUUGGAUAAACUGGCCUUGCCGAAGGGGAAGAGGUUUAAUGUGCCGAAUUGGGGGACUACUAUCUUUCAUGAUGAUGAGGCUGUUGAGUUGGAAUAG